AUGAGCGAUGAUUUUGUCAUAGUGAAGUACGAUUAUUUGGCACAAGAAGAUCAGGAAUUGACGAUAAAGAAAAACGAACGAUUACGAUUAUUGGACGACAGCCGAAAUUGGUGGAAGGUACGGAGUUUGUAAAAAUUUUUCUACAGUUCAUUUAAAAAAUUUUUUUGAAGUAGCAUAAAAGCGUUAGAUGCUCAAAAGAGGCCGUUAGAGGCUCGGCCGAUUCGAAGUGAAUCAUGUAGAUAUCAAGAGAACAUAAAUUCAAGAAGAUUUUUCAAAUUCAUUUUCUCGAUUUACAGGUUGUGAAUGACUCGAAUAAUGUCGGAUUUGUGCCUUCGAACUACGUCAGGAAAGAGUCGAUAGUGGACAAGGCAAAAGGCACAAUCAAAGGGUUGGCCAAGCCGCGACAAAAAAAUUCCCGAUUUUUGAGCAAGUGAGUCUUUUUUUCUAUUAUUUACUUAUUUUUUUGUAAUCCCUGAUUUUUUCAUACAGUGAAUGCGCAUUUUUUUGAGAGAGUUAAAAUUUCUCAUUUCUUUGAGGUUUUAUCCAAAAACUGACUCAACUGAGAACCAUUUCUUGUUAAAUCGAAAAACCGUGACUUGAAUCAUUUUUAUUUAUAAAAUUCCAACAUCUCCAUAAAAAAAUAUUUUUUUAUGUUCCGUCUCGAUAAACAUGAUGGAAACUUUGAAAAAUCACUUGUAAGAAAAAUGAAAAAAACAGUUGAUUAAACCGACUAAAAGUUUGGUUCCAUCAGAACCUCUUCUGCUUUUGAAUAAAUAUUUAAACAAUAAGAAAAUGAGAAAAAUACACACAAAUCAAUUUAUAGUCACUUCACUGCUAACAAUAUUUUCAUAAAGAUGAAACCCGAUCAGCAGGUGGUUUUGUAAAAUUAUCCAAUUUGUACGCCUUGAUUUUUCAAACUCAAAAUACUGGAAAGUUUUCAUUGUCGCUGUAAUUUCAAAAAUUCAUAAAACUAAAAGAAAUGACCUAAGCUCAGUUUUUGAAAAUGCGGCAGCGAUCCAAUCCUUAUGAGACUAUGAACACUGAAAAAAACGAUAAACUUGAUAAAAUAACCAGAACUUCGCUAGAAAGUUCUUUGACCCUCGGACAAAAACUCUCGAGAAGGCGCGAAGACAGCCAAUUUGGGAGCAUGUCGGCGCGGACUUGGCCGUUUUUUAUCACGAUGGCGCGAAGGCGAGAUGACAAACACGAAACGUGCGGGCGGCCUCAGAGCCGUUGACUUAUUUGCUUUUCGGUGCUCCGCUCUUUUUCCUCCAUGGUUGAAUUUCCUCCGUGCAGUCCGGCCUCAUCUCUUAAUUUCAUGAUCACCUUCGAUUCACACUAUCAUCUUUAACAUCGAGAGAGAGAGAAAAAGUUUCUGUCAAUAUUUUAUGAUUCACUUUUUUUUUUGGCGCCGUUUCACAACAUUUCACGGCCAUUUCCAAUUUCUCAUUCCCAAGUACCAUUUUCAAAUUUUACAUAGUUCCAACACCAAGAAAAUCUAUUAGUCAUUUGAUGAUGAAAUGAUAAAGUGCGUUAUCAAAGUUUUAGCAGUGAUUUUUAGAGUUUAGUGCCUUUCCCGGACACUCACACAGUCGUAACAUUAGUACGUUUUGCUGUUUUCAACGCUUUCUUAAAAUACGCAUUCUGAAAAAAUCAGUCAGAGUGAAACUAAACUUAAAUACCUUCUGUAUGUAUGGCAACUUUUUGCGAUAUUAGAGUUUUCUCGGGUAUAUGUUACGCGAAACGGACGUGUUUCAGAAGUUUCUGUGCGUUUCUAGACAUCACUUCAGUAGCGUAACCACUCCUAAGUGGUCUCUAGAUUUUCCCAGAAAAGUCCGUUUUGCUUUACCAAUGUCUUCUUCUUACUAGAAGAUUGUUACCGUUUUGCUCGAGAACAGACUUUCUGUUGCUUCUUUUUUCUUACCUAUCUUUGUCAUCUUUUCCACAAUCUUGUCUCUAAAAUUGUGACAAGAAUUUGAAAUUUUUGAUGAGAUUAAAAAAAUUCUUGCUCUGUUCUAAAAGAAUCAAAAAUUUGUGCAAGACGUUUUUCGUGUGGUUUUUUUUAGAAUACUCUGACGGAAAAUUUUUAAGCUUUUCAAGCUUUUCAACUUUUCAACAAAAAAAAACUUUGAAUAAUCUGGAGUUACAGGAUCCGGACCGAUCGAACGGCUCCGACACGCGCCUUGCUUUCGGAUCCAACAACAACUCGUACACCUCGAGUCCCUCUACAAACAACAAAGUUGCAAAAAAUUCCUAAGUCUCAUGAACAAAUCCUUGCGUCUUUCAGUCCAUAGGAAUUAUGACGCGGACAAAAGCGAUCGCUAAGUUUUCAUACGAGCCACGAUUGGAGGAUGAGCUGAAAUUGACCAAAGGAGACAUUGUCUAUGUGGUUGAAAAAAGUACCGAUGGCUGGUGGAAAGGAGAGGUUCGUUGCUAAAUUCUGAUAGGAAACUUUUCUUCUUUCUUCACGAUUUCUAUCUUAUCAGAAUAUUUUAGAACGGUGGCUCGACAGGUUGGUUUCCGUCCAAUUAUGUCGAUGAAGUCGAAAACUCAAAUGGAAAUCAACAAAUCGAAAACCAAACCCCUCCUUCCGCCCCACUACCAACUGUUCCACAAGAUAAGCCUGUGCUCGAGGUCAGAUUUCAUACUGAAGUAAAUAGAAAUUAUUCUUAUUUCAGACAGUCGUAGCAUUAUAUUCUUUUGAAGCCAACGGUCCAGAAGAACUUUCCUUUGUUAAAGGUUUGUCUACGUACCUAAUAUAUCUUACCGAACUUAUCUUUUUGUUUUUCAUAAAGUUAUACCCAAAUUUGUGGUUUUUUUUUGAAUAGAAAGGUCUCAGAAACCUCAGGUCCAUGACAAACGUCUUAAACGCAGAAAAAAUGUCAAACCCUAGUGAAAUAUGCUAUUCGCCAGUCGAAUAAUAAAAUUCGAGCAAGUUGAAAUUCUCAGGAACUUCAUUUGGUUCUCCGAAAAAAAAAAAUAUUUUUAGAAUGUUCCAGAAGGCUAAGUACGUCUUCUUUUAAUGUAGAUUAAUGAGAAAGAAUUUUCGAUUUUCCAGUUCUUUUUUUACAGGAGAACGACUAGACAUUGUCGGUCAUCCGUCCUAUGAUCCCGACUGGUGGUGUGCAAGAAAUGCUCGAGGAGAUCAAGGCCUUGUCCCGAGGAACUAUAUUGAGGUAGUUUUUUCAAAUCUUUUUGAGAAGUUUUAAUGGUUUUUCCAAGUAAUCAGUUAGCGUUUACCGAUUACGUAUAUAAAAUCUCUAUUUCUCACAGAAAAGGGAAAGAAUUAAAAAUGUUGCGAGGUUCGGAAAUUUUUCUGUUUGUGAAACUUUCAAAAACUGAAAGUCAUUUAUUUAGGUCGAACUUCUUAGGGGAGAGCACUCAAAAACCUGAUUUUCAGCUUUUUUUUCAAACAAAAAAUCAAAAAUUACGGAAGAAAGCUAAAGCUGAUACCCAGUACAACUUUCCAUACGCUUUCUGGAAAGGAAAAUUUUUCUCACGACCAAAGUUUUUGACCCCGUGGUUGAAUUUUUUGAUGUAAAACAUUACUUCGCAGUUUGCAAUUAAUUAACAAAACUCCCGGCUUUCAAUUGCUUCCACUUUGGGUUAUAUAUCCGAAUGUUCUAAAAAGUUGGAUUUGAGUUUCUCACUGACGUGAACCUUAAUUAUAGAACGAGCAGACUGAAGAAUAUUCAUUCAGGUGACACCGCCAGGAGGAAUUCCAACGCCACAAAGUUGGGAGCAACCGCGCCACGAAGUUCCGAUGGUAGAAGAGCCGUGGUAUUUUGGAAAGAUUUCAAGAGAAGAAGCCGACCGAUUAUUAGACAGAGGACUUGAAGGCGAGUACUUGGUCAGAGAAAGCGAAAGUAAUGUGAGUUUUCAUGAAAACCACUAAUUUCCUUCAACUUGAACGUUUCUUCAGCCUGGCGACCUCUCAAUCUCCUUGCGUGGAAUUGAACGGAAUAAGCAUUUCAAGGUUCAGACGGUUGAUGGCCAACUGAAAAUUGGAAAUCGCAGUUUCCCUAACAUGGAGGAAUUGCUAUACUACUACACCACUCAUGCCAUGUUUUUCUUCUGCUACUGA